AUGUUUAAUAGUUUACGAACAAGCUUACGAGGGUAUCAAUUGAAUGAGUCUGACGAUGAAGUCUCCUCAUCCAGUUCUGAUAAUGAAGAGAUUAGUCAAGAAGAACUUCGACAUCCUCCGAUAUCAUCUGUAUGUGGAUACACAUGGCAUAUCGAUCAAAUACAACAAACGCUUUCAGAUUCGCUAUUUGCGAGUCUUCCAACUGAAAUUCUCAUACAAAUAUUUCAAUUACUCUCCAUUCAUGAUCUAAUGCACGUUUCACUCGUUUGCCGUUAUUUUAAAUUCCUCGUCGAUCAAGAUGAUAUAUGGCGAUCGAAAUGCAAUCCAUCAAAUCAAAUACAAUCGAAAUCUUAUAAACAAAUCUAUAUGGAUUGGACCUAUGGAAAAUACUUGCGCCAUCGUGAUCUGAAAAAAAUAAUCGAAAAAUAUAAAAAGGAAACUAGUCGUAUUUCCUGCUGUCUCAGUACACGACAUUCUUCGAAACGUGAAGAAACAAAAACUAUUGAACAUCCAGAUACAUCCGCAGAAGUGACUAUGCAAUUAUCUUCAGAUAUCGAGAGAACGAUUAUCGCGCUGAUUGCAUUAGUAGAAAAGACAUCUGAAUUUAUGUUUGCUUGUUGCCAGCCGACAGCUAUUGCACAGAUGAUUAAGAGAUACUAUCGAUUUAUGCAGCUCAAAGUUGCUCAUCCUCAAGAGUAUCUUGUCCCAACGUUGGACAUCGAAAUUGUUUGGCAAACUCAUCUGAUACGUCCAGAAAUGUAUCGAGGCGAUUGUCUACGACUGUUUCAUUGUAUUAUUGAUCAUUCUUUACUGUUAGACAAGAGCCAAGAAAAAGAAGAUGUCAAAACUCAAGCUUUUAUUAAAACAUGUCAGCUAUAUGAAGAACGAUUUGGAGAACAGUAUUGUCCUUUGAUAACCAACAACGGAGAAGACGAAGAAGAUGCAGGUUGGUCAAUAUAUCAUCAUUCAUUAUUAAAUUACAUAAAAUGUCCCAUACCGUCCUAUUCCUAUUGGGAUAAAACACAUUUUCAAUUUGCUUAUCAAUUAGUAGACAAUUACCAAAAUCCAUUUUCGUUCGUUGAAGAAGAUAUUAUUCUUGAUCGUUACUGGUUUCGAUUAUACAGUAAAGAUAUGUACGAAGUGGGUAUGCGGAUUAUCGAAUACAAUCCUGUAGCACAACCGAAUGCCCUUCAUUUGGCGAUAAAAAGACUAAUAAAAUCAUAUGAACGAUUCUUAUACAUCACUGCCAAAUAUUCAUCAAUGAAUGAAUAUCAGUCGAUUCAUCCAACAUGUGCUAUCGAUAUCGCCUGGCAUUCUCAUAUGCAAGAACCACUGAAAUAUGCAGAUGAUUGUAAUCGACUUGUUGGGUUUAUUAUGAAUCAUACACCCUGGUCAUCAACCAGAACAGCAAAUGAUAUUGCACAAUCACGCAGAGAAAUUAGUGAGAUUUGGAAUAUUGAGUUUGAACGAAGUAUGGAACGAGAUCAUUUGAAAUAA